AUGUUUGAGAAUCGAACGGUUUCCAGGAAGAAUGCUGUUCCUUUGGUUGAAUUUAUGAGGCUGCUCCGCAAUCAAAGCAGCAACGAGGGAAGAAAGAUUUUUCCUAGACGCUAUAACGGCCGACUAGCGACGCCUUCGAUGCCGAUGGUACAAAAAAAUAUUAUUUCACAGGAGUUGAAAUUCACAGAGGAAGUGGAAACGUUAAAAUAUGAACCACAACGUAAAAAUUGGGUUAGGGGAAAACGAAGACGAAGUCCAUCCAUUGAUAAUUUGCUGCAAAUGAAGUUUCUGCGCUCGCCCUUUGCGUGUGAGAUUUUAACCAAAUCUUCAAAGGGUAUGUAUAGUUCUACCUAUGUCGAUAUUGAACUAAAAUCGCUUGGUCUACACCCUCUGGUGCAGGAAGUUCCCACCACUCGCAAAGAGACAAAGUUAUUGAUAGGAGUUUCAUGUUGUUAUCUGAGAUUGGGGACCGCGCUUGUUGUGAGCGGCUGCAUCGUUGAAGUUAACAUCACAGAUUCUACGGCACAAAUAGUUCCAGAAAAGGGAUUAUGUCUCGACGUGGAGUGGGUGAGUUUAAAAAAGCUCUACUGCAUUCCUGACAAUAUUAGGGACGUAAGGCGAAUUGUCUCGGAAAAAGUUUACGCAAUUAUUAAAGGGGAAAUGGAAGAUCCAAUGCGUGUGGUAAAAACCGAUUUACCCGGUGGGGAGCAAUGGGAAGAAAUUCCCCUGUCCCAGUCUCAAGACGGUGGCGUGGUAGAAGAAGCGGAGGAUACGAAUAAAUAUGCUCACAGUGAGUAA